AUGUCCAAGGAUCCCGAGUACUUUUCUCCGACAAGUCCCUCCGGUUCUGACUGGAACCGAGCUUCCACCCUCGUUGCUGAUGACGAGGACUACGACAAGAACACAAACACGCUCUUCGACGACCCAACCGGUCCCUUGGGCCUCAAUAAUCUGUAUAGUCCUCCAGAUGUACUCGUGGACUUCAUCUUUGUUCAUGGCUUUGGAGGCGGCUCGCGGAAAACAUGGAGCAAGACUGCCUCACGCUCUCACUUCUGGCCAUCGGAAUGGCUCCCCAAGGAUCCUGCCUUCCAGCACGUGCGCAUCCACAGUUUUGGAUACAACUCCAACUGGAUUAAGAGCAAGAAAAGUCUGCUCAACAUUCAUGACUUUGGCAAGUCCUUGUUGAACGAGAUACAUACUUCGCCCGACCUGGGCACCACUGACGCCUACCUGCGGGCACGCACCGACGCUACAUACCAGAAAGUAGCAAAGCGAUUCUCGACGAUCUACUUCUUAGCCACGCCUCACCGAGGCUCAGACUCUGCGCAUCUCCUGAAGAAUAUCCUGCAGGCCGCGUACAGCUCUCCAACGUACCUCGGCGAGCUCGAGAGGAACUCCAGCGCCAUUCAAAUCAUCAAUGAUGAAUUUCGCCAAUGUUCUACGGACCUUGGGAUCUGGUCCUUUUACGAAACUCAGAAACUGAGCUUGAAGCUGUUCAGUAAAAUCAUCGUGGACAAGGAUUCUGCCACGUUAGGAUAUCGCGAGGAGAAGCAGGUCCCCGUUAAUGCCGAUCACCGUUCCAUCUGCAAGUUUGAUUCUCCUUCUGAGCCAAACUAUCGGACUCUGCGCAACUCCCUGGCAUCUACGGUUAAUGAUAUUAUUCAACACGAUCUUGAGUCAAGAGAUGAAAAGAUCCAUACCCUGACAAGGGAGAGCGACGAUCUCCGGCGCAGUCAGAUUAGAGAGCUCAAGUUAUAUCUCGGUGUCUCCGAUGGACCUGACGACGAUCUCAUGACGAUUCAAGAUGCCCAGCUUGUUGGAACUUGCGAGUGGUUCACUUUCAAGCAGACCUAUCGUGAUUGGAAAUCGAUUAGCUCUCUAGAACCGAGGAUAUUAUGGCUGAGCGGACACCCUGCGGCGGGCAAGUCGGUUCUCUCGGGUCACGUCAUUGCAGACCUGCAGGCCUCGAAGGCCAAUGUUAGCUACUUCUUUUUCCGGUAUGGGGAUAAGUCUAAGUCGCAUCUUAGCAGCUGCCUGCGCUCCCUUGCUCUUCAGAUGGCUCUCGUUUAUCCACAAGUCCGGGAGAAGCUGUUAGAGAUGCGCACAGACGACGUCAACUUCGAUGAGGACAACGAGCGGGCGAUAUGGAGAAAGCUAUUUUUAAACAGCAUUUUCAAGGUUGAUAUCCCAUGUCAUUUCUGGGUUCUCGAUGGGCUCGACGAAUGCAUCAAUUUCAGUUUCCUCUUCGCUCCAAUACUAGCCAAAUUGCCCGAUUCCUCCCCAAUCCGGGUCUUCAUCACAAGUCGGUUUACGCUAGAUCUGGAUAAACAAUUUUUGUCACUUGGAUCUCACAAAUACAGCUCUGAGACCAUCUCGCUGGAGGACACUCUCCCUGACAUUAAGGCCCUGGUGGAGAUAAAGGCACAGUCAUGGGCCUCCAGGGACGAGCAGCAUGAAACUGCCAUUGUUGAGAAGGUACUCACAAAGUCGAAGGGAUCAUUUCUGUGGACCGUCUUAGUGCUAAACGAGCUAAGUACGGCAUUUGAGAAAGUGGAAAUUGACCAAAUCCUUGACGAAGUUCCUCCGGAUAUGGGAAACCUCUACUUAAGAACAUUGGAGCUCAUGUCCAAAACUCAUCGAGGAAAGAAAUUAGCCAAGGCUAUACUGGUGUGGGCCUCCUGUGCAAUCCGGCCCCUCACAACGACUGAGCUCACAUUAGCACUGCACCUUGAUACCAAAGACAAGGUUCUAAACUUGUCGGAUGGCAUUGCCGCACUGUGCGGCCAGUUGGUCCUUGUCGACAAAGUCGGUAGAAUCCAGCUGAUUCACGAAACUGCCCGGGAGUUUCUCCUGGGGGAGAAUCUCGAAUCUGAAUUCGCUGUCAACCCUGUGGACGCGCACACUCGCAUUGCUAAAGCAUGCCUUGCGUACUUGACCCAGGAGGAGAUGCGACCGCCGCGAACUCGGAAGCGCACUUUGUCUAAAGUACCCAAAAGGUCGCCAUUUUCGACUUAUGCGUGCGAAGCCUUCUCAAAUCAUCUCGCUCACUGCGAUGCAGGGUCGGUGGAUCUGUUCGGCUCUGUCGUCACCUUUCUCCGGUCCAACGUUUUGACGUGGAUCGAAUGGGUUGCCCAGACUCGAAAUUUGACCUUGCUGAUCCGAACGGCCAAGAACCUAAGGAUAUAUUUGCAUGCGUGUGUGGAGAGAUUUUCGCCGAUUGGACGGGACAUGCAAACAAUUCGUGGGUGGACCACUGACCUAGUCCGAAUCACAGCGAAGUUUGGUGAUGCCCUGUUGACUUCUCCAUCGUCGAUAUACUGUCUAAUUCUGGCACUCUGUCCAACAGAGUCCUCUGUAUACAAAGCGGGAACCCCCACAAGAAUGCUGCCUAUAAUUGGGAUAUCCCACUGCCAGUGGGAUGAUCGACUUGCCUGCGUGGAAUAUCACGAUUCCAGGCCAAUGACGGUUUGUCAUGGCGAUGAGCUUUUUGCGGUUGGCCUCAAUACUGGUUCAGUGGCGGUUUAUAACGGGACAAGCUGUCAAGAGUAUAGAGUUUUCGAGCACGGCGAGCCGGUAAGGCUUUUGCAAUUCAAUGAGGAGCGAAAGGUUCUCGCCUCCUGUGGGUUGAAAACCAUUCGACUCUGGAAUAUUCAUGGUGGAAACUUACUCAACACGUUCCAACUUCCCCAGAGAUCAAUUGCUUUGGCCUUUGAUGACAGCAAGCUUUUUGCCGUAACAUACGGCAAUUUCUUAGCAUCCUGGGAUCUUGACACUGGGGAAAAACUACCGCUGCGUCCAUGGUAUGAUGAUGAUGUUUCCGAGACCAUGCCGAGAGCCAGGAGUCAAACACCGUCCGCUGUUUCGAUUUCAUUCGCACAUAGGAUGCUUGCAGUGGCUUAUCGCGGGCGUCCUAUUACACUUUGGGACCUGAAGGAAGACUCUUAUUGUGGUAUUUGUGGUAAACGGCUUCCGGGCGGGAACUCCGGCCCGUACCUAGUAAAUGACUUGGUGUUCAAUCCCAAUCCUGAUAUUGAACUGCUGGUUGUCACCUAUGCUGACGGUGACCUGGUUCUUCUAAAUCCCUUCACUGACGAGACAUUGGAGUGCUUUCGAGCAAACAGUCAUGUCCUUGCGGCUAGUCCAGAUGGGAGCACACUGGUCGGCGCGGAUGGCUUUGGGACAAUCUCUGUGUACGAAUUUGAAACACUUCGUCUUCUGUACCGGAUUACAUCGACGAUGGCCAGCAUCAAACAACUGGCAUUCAGUGCGGAUAAUCUUCACUUUUUAGAUAUCCGUGGGUCCCAAGCUAACGUUUGGGAGCCAUCUGUUCUGAAGAGGAACUACACAGAACAGGACCAUAGCCACUCCGGCGGCUCAUCAGAGGACUCGACGGCAUCUGUCAAGUCCACGUCGUCGGAUCACCCUGUAAACAUCACCGCCAUGGCUUUACAUCCAGGGGGUGAAUUUGCAUUCUGUGGAAAGGAUGACGGAUCGAUUGGUUUGUAUAAUUUGCGAACAGGCAAGAACGAAGGGAAUUUGUGCUGUCAAAAAUCACCUUGCCUAAUUCGAAUGCUCACGAUCGUCGGGCCCACGGAGGAGCUGAUCAUCAGCAUCGACUCAUCAAACACGAUAUUUGCAUGGAAGCUUCGCAAAUCAUCGCAACGAAAGUACUCUGCUGAGACGAUGGUCUUCCAAUCUCGACUGGAAUGCGCCAGCUCUAUCAACCAGAGCCUGGCUGGUCAGGGCCAUGGAAAGUUCAUUUUAUCCACUCUUGAGUCGGCUCAUUUUUGGAAUAUAGCCGGUUAUCAGGAAGGCGCUAGACUCAUGACACCUGGAGUCAGGAAGUGGGUCCAACAUCCACAGUCCCCUGCCCAUUUUAUUUGCGUAAACGAAAAGUCCGCUCACAUCUACUCUUGGCUCGACUGGUCAGAAGUCGCCACGGUGUCCCUCGCCUUUCACACGAUAGAUUCGGGCCUGAAGAUGAAGAGUAUCGUGGCUUGUCAAGCAAAGCGCCGGAGCCGGAUUGUCGUCGAGCACUAUGAGCAGCCGGGCUUUGCUCGAACAAGCCAGACAGCCCGCGCCAUUCACGUCCUGGAAUUGCCUGAACUUAAUGCUGGUUCAGGCUCAGUGGAUGCAACUCCUGUAUUAGAAUAUGCGGCUCUAUCGGGUCGAGUUUCCUACAUCAUCGGUGUCCGUGGCACCCAGCUUGUCUUUCUAGAUCACAACUCGUGGGUAUGCUCCGCUAACCUCGAAUACUUGGGAGGAUCAUAUUUUCGACACUUCUUCCUCCCGUAUGACUCCUUCACAAGCUCCAGGAACUUCAUAUGUGAUGUGUUGCCGGACUCGGCACACGGAGAUGUGGUUUUCGUUCGGAAUAAUGAUAUUGGAGUCGUCAAGGGCGGACUGGGGUAUAUGGAGAAAGUCGACUUGAAUGACGCCCCUGUCGAAAUUCCUGUAGAGGGUUCGAGCGGCGAUUCGCAAGUUGGACCAGAAAAGCUGGAACGGAAUCUUAAACGGCUGGUGCUGUAA